CUUCUCCUGGAUGGUGAUAGGUUCGGUCGGGCUGGUUGGACUAUCUAGGGCAAUAACCCAUGGAGUUUAUGUCCUUGCCUCUAGUCGCGCAGACUCGGCGCCUCCGCCCUUGUUCCCUGGUAGCUCCCAGCUUCCGAUUGAAAGCCACUGUGAACGGCUUGAAUGAAACGUGUGUGGGUUUAGUGUGUGGUAAAACCACCAGGGGAUCCCUUCUCUCCACAAACCAGAUGCUCUGCUAGAAGGAGGACGAGAGGGAGGAGGCCUGAAGCGAAGCGCGCGCAGUGGCUGAGAGGCUAGGAGAGGCCGGGGCCGCCUCCCCUUGUCGACCACGCACUGCUCCGCCCGCCUACGGCAGUUCCAGGCACCACGCUCUCCACCCGGGUUGCGAUGGUGGUGGCAGUGACAAGCUCCUGCUGCCCACCGCACUGUGCACGAAACAGCAGCUCCCUCUCCUCCCUAUCCCUCCACCCUUCUCUGCCGGUGCACUAUGCGCAGCUGCCGGCGACAUCCCCUUGUCAACUUUGAGCUGAAGGAGCUGCAACUUUGACAGCGGCCGCGGGUUUCGAAUCUGGCAUCUCCUUGGCAAAAGUCCCUUCGAAAGUCGCCGGAGUUACAAGAGAAAAGACUUUCCUCUGAGCACCAGCGUUGCCUCUGUUUGCAGCGGGUCUCCUGCCAACCAGGAGUGGGAUUGUGACAGCCAGUCCCGUGGUGGAGGGGACUUGUUUUUCUUUCUCUCUAGAGACCUUGGCUAGCGACUGGAUAAAGCUGUACGGAAAGGAUGUAAAUAGCAGAGCAACUGUUACCAAGAAGGCAGCCACCACCCAAAGGCUGGGAGGAGCGCGGGGCUUCUUCCAGGCUGAGCCCAGUGGCAACAUUAGGGAACAAUCAGGUGGUGUUUGCAACUUUUCAAGGUCAGCCUGGUGGAUCAGCUAUUUUCUUUGGAACCUUCCGGUGCUCAGAGCUCCGAUGAGAUUUGCCUGAGAAAUGCACAGGACGUCAAACGUGGAAGGGUUGUAGGGGUGUGUUGGCGACACCCUCCUUCCCCGCACAUUCUGUUCACUGCUCUCCCAGCAAUCUUCAGCUCCCUUCACUACCCAGUGGUGAGUAUGUGACAUGUUUGUAACUCUCUGCACCAAGUUUGGCAGCAGGUGUCUGUGCUAAGCGAGAGCCGAGCUGCUAGGUGCGCCCUCGCCUAGCCAUGUCAGCCCCGGGCGCGCCUCUCUCCCGCACGUCGCGGCUGCUGCUCCUGCUGCUGCUGAAGGUUUCAGUCUCUGUUGCCCUGAGCUUUGUCCCUGAGGCCAGGAAUGGAACUUGUCUGGGGCAGAGCUGUUCCCCAUUGCCCCAACGCCGCAGCAGGGAUGCCCGGGGACCUGGGAAUCCUGCCGGAGAUGUUCUGCGAGUCCGUGAGCCCAGGGAGAAACUGCAGGCAGAGGUGAGAGGGGCGACCUCUUGGGAACUCCCACCAGCCAGGGGCGGUGACACAGGUGUGAGUGAAGAGGCGGAGGCUGAGGUGGCUGCUGGACCCUUGGGACUUCCAACCAAGCCACCUGGUGCCUGGAGAUGGAAAGGGGCCCCGGGUAAAGAGCCACCCGGACAUUUGGGGAGAAGGGACCCCACAGACCCCUUUCAGACCUCUGAUGGGAAAGAGAUGGGUCCCAGGGGCGCUAGCAUUCCUCGGAGCAGCCAGGACCAGAGCGUGAAAAAAGAACCUGAACCAAGAGAUCUUUUUUACUGGCCACGAAGAACUGGACAACUCCAGGGUCCCCAUCACAGGCCUCCAGCUGUGCACGAAGGGCGGACCCUCGCUCCCCCAGGCAGGGCACUACCGCAAAAUGGGUCUGCAGACGACUGGGUCCCUGACCAAGGGGGUCCGCGCCAUGGAAACAGCACUAGCAGGCGCAUGAGACUGAAGAACCCCUUCUACCCGCUGACCCAGGAAUCCUAUGGAGCCUACGCAGUCAUGUGCUUGUCCGUGGUGAUAUUUGGGACCGGCAUCAUUGGUAACUUGGCGGUGAUGUGUAUUGUGUGUCACAAUUACUACAUGAGGAGCAUCUCCAAUUCUCUCUUGGCCAACCUGGCCUUCUGGGACUUUCUCAUCAUCUUCUUCUGCCUCCCCCUCGUCAUCUUCCAUGAGUUGACCAAGAAGUGGCUUUUAGAAGAUUUCUCCUGCAAGAUCGUACCCUAUAUCGAGGUGGCUUCUCUGGGCGUCACCACCUUCACCUUAUGUGCACUGUGUAUAGAUCGCUUCCGGGCUGCCACCAACGUUCAGAUGUACUAUGAAAUGAUCGAAAAUUGUUCUUCCACCACUGCGAAGCUUGCCGUUAUCUGGGUUGGUGCUCUGCUUUUGGCACUUCCGGAAGUUGUCCUCCGUCAGCUGAGCAAGGAGGAUUUGGGCUUUAGUGGCCAGGCUCCUGCAGAACGGUGUGUCAUAAAGAUCUCUCCUGAUUUACCGGACACCAUCUAUGUUUUGGCCCUCACCUAUGAUGGUGCAAGGCUCUGGUGGUAUUUUGGCUGCUACUUUUGUCUGCCCACUCUUUUCACCAUUACCUGCUCUCUAGUGACUGCUCGGAAGAUCCGCAAAGCAGAGAAGGCCAGCACCCGUGGGAACAAGCGGCAGAUCCAUCUGGAGAGCCAGAUGAACUGCACAGUGGUGGCCCUGACCAUCUUGUACGGGUUCUGCAUCAUCCCUGAGAAUAUCUGCAACAUCGUCACUGCCUACAUGGCCACGGGCGUCUCGCAGCAGACCAUGGACCUCCUCAACAUCAUCAGCCAGUUCCUUCUGUUCUUCAAGUCCUGUGUCACGCCCGUGCUCCUCUUCUGCCUCUGCAGACCCUUCAGCAGGGCCUUCAUGGAGUGCUGCUGCUGCUGCUGCGAAGAGUGCAUCCAGAAGUCCUCCACUGUGACCAGCGACGAUAAUGACAACGAGUACACCACGGAGCUGGAGCUGUCGCCCUUCAGCACCAUCCGCAGGGAGAUGUCCACCUUCGCUUCCGUCGGGACCCACUGCUGAAGGACCAGACCGGUUAGCUCAGAUUUCUUCGAUUUUCGUAGCCUGUGAAAAUUUUUACUUCGUAUUUUUCCUUAAAGGGGAACAAUACAAACAUUCUGAAAGGCAAGUAGAGGGAGACAUAGUAACUGCUCUAGAACUGACUUUGCAAAUUAAUAUUUGUGCUCUGGGAAAGAAAAAUGUUUCUAUUUAGUUACGUAAAGAGAAGGUGGCCAACGGUCUCAGAUCAUUUUUCCUGCUAUGGUGCUAAUAUUUUAUUCAAGAGUUACUGCACCUUAACAAUAUUAAUUGUUGGAUUUCUUUCUUCUUUUCUUUUUAAAAACAUAAUCGUUGUAUAUUGAAGGUGGGCCUGGGAUUUUGCUAGUUAUUUUGUGUUUGAGUUGUGAUUGAAAGUACAUUGUAUCUGAGAUGAUCUGUUCUUCCAGCCUGGCAAAGUAGCACCAAAUAAUCUCCCCAUCCUUCUUUAACAUGACUGUCAAUCUACUUUUAACCAAGACUCAAUAAAUUUUUUAAUUGCCUUAAAUGCACAAUUGCUGGUCUUAUGCACAAUUUGAAACUGGCCUUACUGUUUUAUCCUUGCAUCUUCCACUAUAGAUGUAUAGUUAUACACCUGUCAUAAUGUUAUAAAGAAGUUUUCCAAAUAAUACUAUUUGUACGCAUAACUCAAAAACUAUAUUGUACAUUGAAAUGAGGUUGUAUUUUUUAAUAUUCACUUAUAGCUGUAAAAAUCACUUCUGCAUAUUUUUUUAAAUGUGAACAGACAGAGGAAUAGGUGGAAUUCUCUUUCUUUCUAUUUAUUUUGCAUACACCUUUGAACUGGCUCAUGGAGGGACAGGUUUGCCCAUGAGGAGUUUUGGGCAGAAUGAAGAAGACUGAGAAACAAUGUGCUUGU